ACGACCCUCUCUCACCUCUGCCAUAAUGAUGUCCAUGAAUAGCAAACAGCCUUUUAGCAUGCAUCCGAUUUUGCACGAGCCUAAAUACACACCUCUACAUUCCAGCUCGGAAGCCAUCCGGAGAGCAUGUCUGCCCACGCCCUCGCUGCAGGGUAAUAUCUUUGCCGGCUUUGAUGAGACCCUGCUCCAGAGAGCCGAGGCGCUGGCGGCUGUGGACAUCGUCGCUCAAAAGAGCCAUCCGUUCAAGCCAGACGCCACUUAUCACACCAUGACUAGCAUGACGAGCAUGACCUGCACGCCCACGUCCUCCUCCGGGCACCUUCACCACCCGUCUGUGCUCACCUCGCACCACCAUCAUCCCCACCACCAACCGACACAGGGCCUGGAGGGAGACCUGCUCGACCACCUCACCGCCGGCAUUUCCCUCGGAGGCAUGCCAGGCUCCGACGUUUGCUCCACCGCUUCCCACCCUCACUCGCACAUGUCCGCAAUUAACCACAUGCAGCACCACCACCACCACCACCACCACCCGCAAAGUAUGAACAUGCACCAGCACGGCCUGGGCUCCCACACCUCUCUAGGCGUCUGUGGAGACUCUGAGCCUGAUCCCAGGGAGCUGGAGUCUUUCGCCGAGCGCUUCAAGCAGAGGCGGAUCAAACUCGGGGUCACGCAGGCCGACGUGGGGUCGGCUUUAGCCAAUCUGAAAAUCCCCGGGGUCGGCUGCCUGAGUCAGAGUACUAUCUGUCGGUUCGAGUCUCUCACUUUGUCUCACAAUAACAUGGUGGCCCUCAAGCCCAUCCUCGAAGCGUGGUUAGAGGAGGCGGAGAGGGCUCAGAGAGAAAAAAUGGCCAAGCCAGAGAUUUUCAACGGUGGGGACAAAAAGAGAAAACGCACUUCAAUCGCUGCCCCCGAGAAGCGCUCGCUGGAGGCUUAUUUUGCCGUCCAGCCCAGACCCUCGUCGGAGAAAAUAGCUGCCAUAGCAGAGAAACUGGAUUUGAAAAAAAAUGUGGUCCGGGUGUGGUUUUGCAAUCAAAGGCAAAAGCAGAAAAGGAUGAAGUUUUCGGCCACGCACUAGACCAGAAAUAUGUACACUACUUCAAUAAAUCCAAUCAUCAGACACAUGAGUGCACAGACAUUAUCGACAAAACUCUUCGGACCUGAGACGACAUGCUUCCAAUAAAGGAAUGGAAGCUGCGCGUGAACAUCCCAGAGACCGAAAGUGUACCAAACGUUUGUCAGGACAACAUAUCAGAAGGGAGAAGACAUGAUAAUAGACGCUCAGGAAGAGUGGAAAAUCAUCAACGAAACGUUGCAAAUAUUGUACAAAAAGAGAAGUGAAUAAUAAUGAUUAUUCUCUUAACUGAAAAUAACUAUUUUAUAUUCAUCUGUGUACAUAUGUGUGAAUACACUGCACCUCUUUGUGUGAAGAACGCAUCAAAAUUCAGUUUUUUAAGGAUAAAAAAAGAAAAAAGAAAAAAAAACCACUGUUGUGCGAAAGAUGUCCCAUUCUAUAAACUUUAGUGUUAUUCUAUAUGCUCCAGAAGAAAAUCAAGACGGUUCUGCUGUGACCCAUUGCAUGGUUUACAAGGCGUUAAGUGUUCUUUUACAGUUUUACAUUUUCAUUCGUAUUGAUUUAUUGCAAUAAGAGAGAACACGCACAGGCGAACGCACGUACACACGGAUAUACUACUUCGUAUACUUUUCUGUGUCUACCUCAUGACUCUUGACGUCUUGACACAUCCGUGGUCGUUUUGGAAAUAGUACAUAAAAGCUAGACUUUUAUAGUUUUUGUUUUGACACCUUUUUUAUUUAUUUAUUUUUAGAUAGAAAGCAUAUUGUGUUUCAACUAAUUUCACGUCAAUGAUGCUUUGACAAUCAAAUUAUUUACAAUAAUUAUGUUGUAAAGUUGGCCCCUGUACUGUAUGUCUUCGCUUUUAUGUUAUUGUUAUUAUUAUUAUUAUUAUGACUACAUUAAGUUUGUAAAUGGGAAUGAUUCAUUGCACUUUGUAGAUAUUAUUCCGAUUUGUUAUUUGUUGGGCAUAUUUAUAUUUCUACUG